GGUGGAUUUACUGGGACUCAGACAGACAGCAGACCGGCUGCCCCACGCUGCGCUGAUCCCUCACUCUCCGGCACCGAGCUGGAGCGCAGCCACCUGCCUCCCCGAGAAUAACGCGGCGGCACCGACGAGCCCCGGCCGAGCACAGGCAAAGCUCGGAGGCGAGAAGGGCACUGGGCCCCCAGACCCCCUCCAGCCAGCACCGUGCGCUCCGGGCGCGCUUGGCGACCCGCGUCUGUUGUGGCUACCGCAAGAGAGGAGCGCGCGCGCCGCGAGCGCAGCUGAGCCGCGGCAGAGCCGGUCCAGCUCUGUCUGUCAGACCGGGCGACGCCGCGCAGGGGGGGGGGCACACUUGCAUGGAUGCGCCAUGGCCACGUUCGUCUGCAGGGUUCAGUUCUUGGACGACACCGAUCCGUUCAACAGCACCAAUUUCCCGGAGCCGACCAGACCGCCGCUGUACACCUUCAGGGAGGACAUCCCGCUCAUCAACCAGUUAGCAGGCGUCCACCGGCUCCUCAGAGCCCCGCACAAGCUCGACGACUGUACACUUCAGCUCUCUCACAAUGGCACCUAUCUGGAUCUGGAGUCUUCUUUGGCUGAGCAAAGGGACGAGUUGGAUGGCUUUCAUCACGACGACACAGGGGCCAGAGGGAAGAAGCACAGUGUUGUUUUACGGACCCAGCUGACCGUCCGUGUACACUCCUGCAUCGAAAGACUGUAUAACUCCAAUGGACGUGACUUAAGACGGGCUCUGUUCUCUCUAAAGCAAAUCUUUCAGGAUGACAAAGAUCUGGUCCAUGAGUUUGUGAUGGCUGAGGGUCUGACAUGUCUCAUCAAGGUGGGAGCAGAAGCUGACCAGAACUACCAGAACUAUAUAUUACGAGCUCUGGGGCAGAUCAUGUUGUACGUAGACGGGAUGAACGGUGUCAUUGGUCACACAGAGACAAUCCAGUGGCUGUACACGCUAGUUGGCUCAAAGUUCCGACUGGUGGUGAAAACAACUUUGAAACUGCUGCUGGUGUUCGUGGAGUACUCCGAGUCCAACGCUCCGCUGCUGAUAGAAGCCAUCACCUCCGUGGACGCCAAGAGAGGCUGCAAGCCGUGGUCCAAUGCUAUGGAGAUCUUACAAGAGAAGGACGGAGUGGACACGGAGCUGCUGGUGUAUGCAAUGACCCUCGUCAAUAAGACACUUGCAGCACUGCCAGACCAGGAUUCAUUCUAUGAUAUGGUGGACGGUCUGGAGGAGCAGGGUGUAGAGGCAGUUUCCCAAAGACACCUGGGGCGCAAAGGCACUGAUCUGGACUUGGUUGAGCAGCUCAACAUCUAUGAGAUGACCCUAAGGCAUGAAGACGGUGACGAUGACAGCCAGCCUCCGCCAAUGGUACGCCGCGACCGCCGACGAGCCAGCCUCGGGGGCGGGGACAAAAAGCGCGGCCUGGAGAGGAGGCGGAGCCGCAGGGCCUCCCUUGGGCGGUCGGGUUACGCCUCCCCGCUCAGCCCCGCGUCCCCGCAGAGAGCCGGCUUCCAGCCCCUCAGCGGACACAGAGCUGAUGACAUGAGCGAGAGCCCGGCUAGACAUCUUCCAUCCAUUGUUCAUAAAACCACCGUCCAGUCCAUCACCAUCACUUCCAGAAAGGGGAACAAAUACGAGGAAGAGCAGAGGAAUCAGACUGAACCACCUCCCGCGUCCGCCCUCCACUCCCCCUCCACUCCCAAGUCCUCUCCUCCUGCUUCCUCCCCUCUCAGCCCCCCAUCCCAGCCCUCGCUCCUGGCCACCCUGCUGGCCAGGAAGAGGUCUGCUGUCACUGUCCCAGCGACUAAAGAGGUCAGCCCGCCGCUGCGCGGCAGCUCCCACCCCUCCCCCAACCGCCUGCCCUACCUGCCCCAAUCGCCUUUCCACCUCUUCUCCUACGACCUUGACGAAGACCCGUCGCCGUCUGCUCCAGUCAAACCCAGCGAGGAGUCACCCAAAAUGACGUCUCCCAGGAAAGGAGGGUUCGCGUCCUACUCCUCCCUCAGCAGUCCGAGUACGCCCACCAGCUCCAGGCCUGCUCUGGGAGGUCUCUUGUCCUCCUCCUACCGACAACACCAGGAAUCUCUGGCAGCCGAGCGAGAGCGCCGCCGUGUGGAGAGGGAGGAGAGACUGCUGAGGAUAGAGAGAGAGGAGCGGAACAAGCACAGCCGUGACUAUGUGGAUAAAAUGGAAGAGGCCAGACUUGCACGGGAGGAGAGGUAUAAGACUGUGGAGCGUCUGGCAGCAGAGGAGUACGAGAAGGAGCGCGUCCGGGUCUCGAGGACUCGCCCUGACCUCGACCUGACCUUUGCCCCCUCUGAGGCCUGGCCCUCGUCGUCGCGCAGCAGCACCCCAUCCUCCUUCGCCUCCCAAGAGGAUGCAGAGGCUGACCUUGAAGCCGAGACCCCCUCCACGCCCUACACGCACUCUGAGACUGCAGGAGAUGCUGGUGACCCCAGUGCCAGUGUAGAAACAGAGGGAACAGCAGUAGAAACCACCACUGAAGAAGGGGAAGAGCAGAAAGAAGAGGAAGUGCAGGAGGAAACAACGGCAGAAAAGGAGGAGGAAGUCGACGAGUGCGAGCAGGAGCUGGAGAAGGGGAGAGAGGAGGCGGAGGAGGAGGACAGUGGCAUCCUGAGCGACAAGGAGCGACAGAAUGAGGAAGUGAAUGAGAAGGACAACUGCUCGGCCUCCAGCAUCUCCUCUGCCAGUAGCACUCUGGAGAGAGAGGAGAGGGGCGGCCCUGAGAAUGGCUGUAAGGAGGCAGAGGUGAACGAGCAGUGCAGCAAACUGCUCAACAGCAAACUCUUCAUGCUGGACAUGCUGUACUCCCAGAACAAGAAGCCCAGUGAUGAGGAGGAGGAGGAGGAGGAGGAGGAGGAGGAGAAUGCAGAAAAGGAGAGAGAGCGAGGAGAGGGGGGCGACAAAGAAACCCAGGAGGAAGCUGAGGAGAAGCUGGGCGAUGAUCAGGAGAGCAACAACAGGGCUGACAACUCAGAUCACCAAGGUAGCAUCCGCCCAUUCGCUGAACGCUUCGGAGACUUGAUCAAGGACCUUGGUGCGUCCCACCCUGAUCUGGAGUCUCCAGCCAACGAGCCCCUUCCCCCCCCGCCCAAAAAGGAAUCGGACACAAUCUGGGACCAGCUGCUGGCCAGCCCUCGAGAGCUGCGCAUCGGCGACAUCAACUUCACAGACCUGACGGAGGACGAUGACAAAGACAUUCUGGACGCCGUUUUGAUGGGUGGAUGUGGCGAACUCCCGGCCCCGCCGCCUCCACCACCCUGUUUCCCUCCACCCCCACCCAUCUUCGGCAGCUGCCCCCCACCUCCUCCCUUGUUUGGGAUUAUGAGGCCUCCACCUCCACCUUUCUUUAAUACCCAAAUGCCAGUGCCUCCUCCCCCAGAGCCGCCUCUAUUCAACAAGAAGAAGAAGACAAUCAGGCUGUUUUGGAGCGAGGUGCGUCCGACAGAUGCUCAGUACAGGGACUACAAGCGAAGCGGAGACUCAUUCUGGUCCAAACUGGAACCAGUUAAGUUGGACACGGCCAAACUGGAACACCUAUUUGAAACAAAGUCAAAGGAGAUGCCAGUUACAAAGAAAACAGCAACAGAUGGCAAGCGCCAGGAGAUCAUAGUUUUGGAUUCCAAGAGGAGUAACGCCAUCAACAUCGGGCUGACGGUGCUGCCUCCUCCUCGCACCAUCAAGACGGCCAUCCUCAACUUUGACGAGUAUGCGCUCAACAAGGAGGGCAUUGAGAAAAUCCUGACGAUGAUCCCCACAGACGAGGAGAAGCAGAAGAUCCAGGAGGCUCAGCUCGCCAACCCCGACGUGCCGCUCGGCUCAGCGGAGCAGUUCCUGCUCACGCUGUCUUCCAUCAGCGAGCUCUCCGCCAGACUCCAGCUCUGGGCCUUCAAGAUGGACUACGAGGCGACCGAGAAGGAAGUAGCAGAGCCGUUGCAGGAUAUGAAGGAGGGUAUGGAGCAGCUGGAGAAGAAUAAAACUCUCCGCUACAUCCUCUCCACGCUGCUCUCAAUUGGAAACUUCCUCAAUGGCACCAAUGCUACAGGCUUCGAGUUGACGUACUUGGAGAAGGUUCCAGAGGUGAAAGACACGGUCCAUAAACAGUCUCUGCUGCAUCACGCCUGCUCAGUGGUGUUGGAGAACUUCCCCCAGAGCACCGACCUCUACUCCGAGAUUGGAGCCAUCACACGUUCUGCAAAGGUGGAUUUUGACCAGCUGCAGGAAAACCUGUGUCAGAUGGAGCGCCGCUGCAAAGCCUCAUGGGACCACCUGAAGGUGAUCGCCAAGCACGAGAUGAAGCCCCAGCUGAAGCAGAAGAUGUCAGACUUCCUCAAAGAGUGUGCGGAGAGGAUCAUCAUCCUCAAGAUUGUUCACCGCAGGAUCAUCAACAGGUUCCACUCGUUCCUGUUGUUCCUCGGUCACCCGGCCUACAGGAUGAGGGAGGUGAGCGUCCACAGGUUCAGCAAGAUCCUCAGCGAGUUCGCGCUGGAGUACCGGACCACCAGAGACCGCGUGCUGCAACAGAAGCAGAAAAGAGCAGACCACCGCGAACGCAACAAGACCCGAGGAAAGAUGAUCAUCGACGUCAACGCGCCUUCUGAUGAUGAAGACGAGAGUGAGUGUGAUCGUCAUGGCCCCAGCAGCAACAACAGCGCUCCCAGUGGCAGCCAGGAGAGCGAGCGGCCUCAGGGUCUUGGCCAUACUGAGGAUUCCGUGGAGCAUGAGAACAUGAAAGCAGUGCUGAGAACCAGCCUGAGCGGCGGGGACAAGGAGAGCAGCGGGGUACCGGGGCUUCGGACACGGACAAGGUCACGGCCUGGACGAGGAGGCCGCAUUAUGCAGGCGCGGACCACUGCCGUGGAGGAGGCUCAGAUCUGUGGAGACGACGCCGCAGACGAGAUCAUGGAGCGAAUCGUCAGGUCGGCCACUCAGGGUGCAGGAACCAGAGCUCAGCCCAGAGAGAGGAGGAGGUCCAGGGCAAACCGCAAGUCAUUGAGGCGGACUCUGAAGAACGGUCUGACGCCAGAAGAAGCUCUUGCUCUAGGACUUGCUGAUUCUCCAGACCCCGAAAUGUGACCCUCCACCCCCCCGGCCGUCCUUACUGCUGUGGAAACAUGGCGGCACACAUUGCUGCCACGCCCCCAUCAGCUGCCUGCCUUCGCCUCACAUUACAGAGUGGUAUUCCUCCUGUUACAUGCCCCUGUUAGGUGUUUUGCCAGCUGCUGAUCUAGUGCCUGGUGUGUCUGAGUGAUGAACCUGCAGACGCAUUUGUGUUUUUAAUGCAACACAAUGACAACAACAAAAAACCCAGAAGAAAAAUGUGUAAGUGAGGACAAGAGAGCGCGAAGAAUGAAGACUGAUGUAUUCAACAUGGCAAGAAGGAAAAUAAAAAGUCAAUUCAGUGCUGCUGCCUCGACACUGAGAUGGAAAGCUGUUUUAUUUAUAUAAACAUAUUUUAAACAUUGCAAUAGUCCAGAGGGAUAAUUUUUGCUUGUAAGUUUCUGCAGCUGUGACUUUCAUUUUAUUUAAGCUGUGAAUUGUGGUUGUUAAGAUGAACGGGACGAAGAGGAAGCUUAAUUUGUUCUCCUAUUCAGUUUUAACGAAGGAUCGCCACUCGAACAAAGACAACAAGGCUUACUUAGAAUCGUCCUAUGUGAAAAGGAAAAUGGUUGUGUCUGCAGCUGCACGUUUGACAAGUGGCGAGUGGAGCUGCGCUAAGUGGGAGCAUGACAGGUUUUCAAUCUGACGUGUGCCUUUCAUUUCGCCAUCUCUUCCUAUUGUCGUAUUCACCUCCUGCUUCUCAGAUGAAUCACAAAUGUCACUUUCACACGUCUAGUUAUACCGAGUAUGAGUGUUGACAACAAUACCCUUUUAUUUUAUGUCGACAAAAUUGCUCUCAGUAUUUAUUUGCGAAGCUCAGACAUCGUGCACCUUACUCAGCAUUAAUGGUCUGUCAUGCUGAAACCAACGACUGAUUCAAAACAUAGGAAAAGGAUUUUUUUUUCUUCUCAGAGGAACUGUUUGUAAAGUGUAAAAAGACAAAAAGACACUUUUUUUAAAAAAAUAAUCUAUUUGAAGGACAUGCAGAGAAUUCUGCGUAAAAAUGUGUUAAUGCCCUUGUUAGCUGCCAGGUAAAGUGUGCAUGUGUAGUGCGGUUUAUGUUCUGUAUUAUUUUUAUAAUUUCCUGUAGAAACUUGUAUUAUAGUCUGAGAGAAAGGAGAGAGAGAGAAGCUAUUCUGUGAAUUGUAAUUGAAGAUAAAAGAGAUGACAGUUGUGGUCGCAGCUGAAAAAUAUGUGCCCAAUAAAUGUGGCUCCCGGAGGAUCAAAGCAAUAUUUGGACAUUUUGCUUUGAACUUGGUGGUCACAUAAAGUUCAAAGUCUCAACUGAAGUGUGUGCUCCUCGCUCACUGCACGGCGGAAAAUGAUAA